AUGGCCGAUCAGGAUGUUUCCACCUCAGAGACCUUCUCCAGCGAGAGCCCCAUUGUUGAAGAUGUGAUUCCGCCCUUUUUCAACACCACUUUUUCAACACAUCGAGUAUCGCCGCUUUUCAUUGGGCCACAGUCUCUAGACCAGGCCCGACUUGAUCUACUCGCCCAUCGUUUGCGAGACACUCUUGUCGGAGAUGUUGUACGCGGAAUUCAAAUCGGACUGGAAUCUCUUGAAACGCCUGUUGGGCAGGUUGGCUCACUGCGCUACGUGAAGUUCCGCUGGUUCUCACCAUCGGACGUACUUGGUGACCGAGACGUUCUUGACGACGCUACGGAUCGCGCACGAGGCGAUGCUAGUGAUGGCUCAGACAAGGGUCUUUGGGUCGAGAUCCGACACGAAAAUGCGGCCUACGUCGCUCUCCUGCUACCUGGAUACACAACACUACCACCAAACUCAUCGGUGAAGCCCUCGGACUGGGCUAUGCGGCCUGGAAAGGUGGCCACGGACAACGCGCUCGAUGAGUCAAGAUUUCUUCAUCUACCCUUGCUUUUGCUGCGCAUGCCACAGCCGCUCAAGCACGUCAUCGGCGAUUGGCUCUCCACGACCUUCGAUUGCCGCGUGAGUAAGCUCUCACUGGGGACAAAAACACUUGUCAAUGUCUGGGAAGGUUGGAUUGAGACUAUGGGCUUGUCUAACAAGGGGCCCGACUUUGUGGUCACAUUGGCCUUCAACGCACCGCUUCGCGAUAGCGAGGGUACCUUGGGCUCCGAUUCUGAUUCGGAUGCAGAGGCGACGAUGGACCCAGGGCUGCGAAGCAUGAGCGUCGCGGUCCCGCCUCACGAGCUCCGCCGCUUUCUACGCACAGGCGAGCGGCUGCGGCCAGAGAAUAGCGGCACGCCCGCCUUGUGGGAAAAGGAUCCCCGUGAGCGGCGGCGUCUUGCUGGAGGUAACAUGGAUGACGGAUGGGCUUGGAGAACUGCCACCGGCACUGGGGACCAGCCAUUCACAGCAGCGCUGGGGCGAUACCUGCAGCACCACUUGGCCUUGAACAUGUUCCACCCCAGCGUACGAGUUACUCAGAUCUCCUGCGGCGGGUUUGUGCUCGCCCAGUCGCGGCUCAAAAUUCUCCGCCGCGGAGACUUGACUGAUGAUUUGUCUCGCGCAGCAUGGAUGUUUGCGACCCAGCUCGGUGGAAGGAUACGUGGAGAUGAGCUUCCGUCUGUUAUUCCGGCGGGUGUACCUUGA